UCCCCGAACGACUAGCUCUCAAAAGGUCAAAAGGAGCCCGCUCCCUCUCGGCAGUUCCCCUGGUCGGCAGCGAUAGUCUGCUUAACUGGCCCCGUUAUAAUUGCAACCGGCAUAGCUCUUUCCAUUCCCCUGGGCCUUGGGUUAUUUUUAUCGAUCGAUUUAUACCACCCUCUGUCUUCUCUUGCCUUUCCCUCACCUUUCCCCCACGGCAGUUCGCGACACAACUAUCUGCAAUCCGGACGACGGCAGAAAGUGUUGGGGCCGUCACUGUUGAGCAUUCAUUAUCCCCAUGUCUCAUCCGGAGACAGACCCAAAUAUGCUUGAGACGGCCAGCUCCACUGGAGGGACCGACACCAUGAGGGAAGACGCGGACUCGAUAGAGAUAUCGCCUGGGGAUCAACAGGAGAUCAAGAAACUGGCCAGACGUCUGACCGAAUCCUCUACCAAGGACUGGCCCCAUGGAUCUACACCAAACCCGUUCACAGGAGUGGAUGAUCCCACCUUGGAUCCCAACUCGCCCAAGUUUAGCCCGAAGCACUGGGCCAAGGCUGUGAUUCAAUUGACCUCGCAAGAUCGCGAUAGGUAUCCGGAGCGCACCGCCGGCGUGUCCUUCCGGGACCUCAGCGUCUAUGGUUACGGAAGUGCAGUUGGGUACCAAAAGGACAUUCUGAAUGUUGUUUUGCAGGCGGCAGAUCGAGUAGGUAGCCUGAUCAAUCACAAGGACCAAGAACUGCAGAUCUUGAGAGAUCACGAUGGUCUGCUACGCAGUGGGGAAAUGCUUCUGGUUCUUGGAAGACCGGGAAGUGGUGUCUCUACGUUUCUAAAGACAAUUGCUGGCCAAACCAAAGGAUUGCAUUUGGGCAGUGCGACAGAGUUUAACUAUCAAGGCAUUCCAUGGAGCGAGAUGCACAAACAAUUCCGUGGCGAUGUGGUCUAUCAGGCUGAAACCGACGUCAACUUUCCUCAUCUGACAGUGGGACAGACACUGAAAUACGCAGCUCUGGCCAAAACCCCGCGUAAUCGAUUACCCGGGGUCUCUCGUGAAUGCUAUGCAACGCACCUCCGCGAUGUAGUCAUGGCGGUGUUUGGAAUCUCCCACACACUGAACACUAAGGUGGGAGAUGACUUCGUUCGCGGUGUGAGUGGUGGCGAAAGGAAGCGGGUCAGCAUUGCUGAAGUCGCCCUCACCCAAAGCUGCAUUCAGUGCUGGGAUAACAGCACCCGGGGCCUGGAUAGUGCCACGGCACUAGAGUUUGUUCGAACAGUGAGACUCUCCGUCGGUAUGGCUGGCACCGCAGCCAUCGUGGCUUUGUAUCAAGCCUCGCAGCAGUCGUAUGAUGCCUUCGAUAAGGUCGCGGUCUUGUACGAGGGCCGACAGAUUUAUUUCGGCCCCAUUGACCACGCAAAGCAAUAUUUCAUCGACAUGGGCUAUCACUGCCCGGAUCGGCAAACCACGGCAGACUUCCUCACCUCCCUGACCAACCCUGUGGAGCGGGUGGUACAACCGGGCUGGGAGGCUCGAGUGCCUCGGACCCCUGAUGAAUUUGCCACGGCCUGGAAACAGAGUCAGCUGAGAAAUGAACUGUUGAAGGAAAUUGCUGUUUUCGACCAAGAAUACCCAAUCGGAGGACCAGAGCUUGAGAAGUUUCAAGUCUCAAGGAAUGCUGAGAAGUCUCGAUGGAUAACUGCCAACUCGCCAUACACGAUCUCCAUCCUCCAGCAGAUCAUGCUAUGUCUCCGAAGAGGCUACCGCCGGAUCCUGGGAGAUACAACUUUCUUUUGGGCUACAGUUAUCGGCAACUUCAUCCUGUCACUCGUCCUUGGCAGCGUUUUCUAUGACCUCGCCGAUUCGACGUCUUCAUUCACCGACCGAUGCACGCUCCUCUUUUUCGCCGUACUGUUCAAUGCAUUAAAUAGUGCUCUAGAAAUUCUUGCCCUCUAUGCCCAGCGACCCAUUGUUGAGAAACAUACAGCGUAUGCCUUUUACCACCCGAUGGCCGAAGCGGUGGCAUCCAUGAUAUGUGAUCUUCCAUGCAAAAUAAUCUCAACCUUGUCCUUCAAUAUACCUUUGUACUACAUGGCUAAUCUGCGACGCGACUCCGGGCAUGUGGUGAUCUACCUUCUGUUUGCGUUCAUGUCGACUUUGACUAUGUCCAUGAUCUUCCGCAGCAUUGCUCAAUUAACACGCACGGUCCCCCAAGCCCUGACCCCAAUUGCAUUAGGCGUCAUCGGCCUGGUGGUAUACACUGGAUUCGUGCUGCCUACUCGGAACAUGCAGGACUGGCUGCGUUGGCUUAACUAUCUCAACCCAAUCGCGUAUUCGUAUGAAACGCUAGUAUCCAAUGAGUUCCACGAUCGGUACUUCCCGUGUGCCAGCUUCGUCCCAUCCGGUCCAAGCUAUGAAAAUGUCCCAAGCGCCGACAAAACAUGCUCCGUCGCGGGAACUUCAGCCUCCUCGGAUCUAGUCAGUGGUGAUGCGUACAUCGCAGCUAACUAUGAGUAUUACUACUCGGAUACCUGGAGGAAUUUCGGCAUCCUUAUUGCCUUUAUCGUCUUUUUCAUGACCACAUACCUUCUGAUCGCCGAGUUUAUCUUGUUCGACUCUUCCAAAGGUGAAGUGUUGGUGUUUCAGCGCAAGCACAAGGCGGCUCUUCGUGGCAGAGAUACUGCAAACGACGAAGAGAGUGGCGCAGAAAAGGCAAUGGCAGGGGAGAGUCGUUCUUCGGCCGGUCACCACGAAGGCAGCUCAGGGGAGAAGACCCUAGGCUUCCAAUUCCAGUCAAACAAGUUACAUUGGAGGGAUGUGUGUUAUGAUGUGCCCAUCAAGGGCGAAAUACGGCGGAUAUCCGAUCAUAUCGAUGGAUGGGUGACCCCUGGCACCCUAACGGCAUUGAUGGGCGCUUCCGGGGCUGGAAAAACCACUCUCCUCGAUCUUUUGGCGAGUCGGGUCAAAACAGGUGUCGUCUCUGGCAAUAUCUAUGUUAAUGGCAUUCCCCGGGACCCUUCAUUUCAGCGGAGAGUUGGGUACUGCCAGCAAAGUGAUAAUCAUCUCGAGACAAGCACCAUCCGCGAAGCCCUUCAGUUCAGCGCCCUCCUUCGACAGUCUUCCUCGGUCAGCAAGGCAGAGAAGCUGCAAUAUGUUGAAGAGGUAAUUGAUCUUCUGGAAAUGAGAUCCUAUGCCGACGCUGUAGUCGGUGUUCCGGGCGAGGGUCUUAAUGUGGAGCAAAGAAAACGGUUGACGAUCGGUGUGGAACUUGCCGCGAAGCCCGAUUUGUUACUUUUUCUUGAUGAGCCGACUUCGGGCCUGGAUAGUCAGACCGCGUGGUCUAUCUCACUGCUACUGCGCAAGCUCUCCGACCAUGGACAAGCCAUCCUAUGCACCAUCCACCAGCCGUCCGCAAUUCUCUUCCAACAGUUUGACCAGCUCCUCCUCCUGGCUAGGGGUGGACGAACGGUCUACUUCGGGCCAAUCGGGGAGAACUCGCGGACCCUGACCGGAUACUUCGAGAGGCACGGUGCCAGGCCUUGUGCGGAUGACGAGAACCCCGCUGAAUGGAUGCUGGAGGUUAUCGGUGCUGCCCCUGGGAGUGUGGCGGCUUGCGACUGGCCUGUUACAUGGAAAGAAAGCCCCGAGUAUCAAGAGGUUCGACAGGAACUCGAGCGACUCGAAAAGUCCGGAUCCUCAGAGUCCCGCCCUGAAACGGGAUCCACACAGCAAUACGCGGCUCCUUUCUCCGACCAGCUUUGGCUUUGUACCAUGCGAGUGUUCCAGCAGUAUUGGCGCUCUCCAUCCUACAUCUACGCCAAGUUGAUACUCUGUUUCGGAGCGGCUUUAUUCAUUGGUCUUUCGUUCCUCAACACAAAAAUCACGGUCCUUGGGCUCCAGCAUCAGACUUUUGCCAUCUUCAUGCUGCUUAUAAUCUUCGUGUUCCUUGCCUACCAGACCAUGCCCAAUUUCAUCAAACAGCGUGAUCUGUACGAGGUUCGUGAGCGCCCGGCCAAAACAUAUGCAUGGUCGGCUUUCAUGCUGGCCAAUAUUAUGGCGGACAUUCCCUGGAAUUCGCUGGCCGCCGUCCUGAUCUUCCUCCCUUUCUACUACAUCAUCGGAAUGAACCAUAAUGCUCAGGAAACCCACGAGCAAACCGAGAGAAGUGGACUCAUGUUCCUUCUCGUUUGGUCUUUCAUGAUGCAUUGUGGCACGUUCACCAUGAUGAUGGUUUCGAGUGUGGCAACUGCCGAAGUCGGAGCCACUCUGGCGCUGUUACUGUUCGCCAUGAAUCUGAUUUUCUGCGGUGUGAUGGUCAGUCCGUCGAGCCUCCCGGGGUUCUGGAUCUUCAUGUACCGAGUCUCCCCGUUAACGUACCUUAUCGGUGGCAUGCUCUCCACCGGAUUAGCCAAUGCCAAGGUUACGUGCGCCGACAUCGAGCUUAUCGAAAUCCAGCCCCCCAGCAACGAGACGUGCGGGAGCUAUCUGGCCGACUAUAUCAAGAUCGCGGGUGGUGCGGUUUACAACCCGGAGGCCACCUCCAACUGUGAAUUCUGCGAGAUGACGGACUCGAACGUGUAUCUGGCAGAGCUCUCCUCUUAUUAUAGCGAGCGGUGGCGCAACUUUGGACUGAUGUGGGCUUACAUUGCCUUCAACGUGUUCGCGGCGCUGUUCCUGUACUGGUUCGUGCGGGUCCGGAGUUCCGAUGCCGGAAUCAUCCGCCGGCUAGCCAAGCUGUUCUCAUCCAAAAAGGAGGGAUCCCAAUAGCUUGUGCCUCCCACGGCGAGCAAUUCCUGGCUUGGUACCUACUCUUCACGAUGUCGGGGAUAAUUUGCGGACCGAUCGGUUUAACCUGGCCUUUCUUCAAGGUCAUUCGCGCGGGCCAUCCUUUGGUCUCAUCUCAGAUAGACUUCUUCCAUUCUUGUCCUUGCACGAUGGACAUCCAUUGUCUCACGUUCAGUGUGCGCGUGUUUGCUCGUUGACCUCGUUGUUUCGAGGGUGUGACCUGGGAUUUACCUCCUCUUUCUUUAAGACUUCCGCUAGAGGGGACUAGAUAUAUAUUUAGCAG